AGUCAUGUGACAUCAGUGUUUUUUUGGGGUUAUAAAGGGUUAACUUUAAGUUAAAAAAAACGGUAUUAUUCAAUUAUUUCUCAUAUUAAUUAGACAGUGAUGAGAUACCCGAAGUUCAAGUUCCCCGAGCUGGGCUACUGGUCCAAGCAUUUCGCUAAUUUACCAGAACGUUUCAUAAGACGUAAAAUGGAGCAGAUCUAUUGGAAGUCGCCGAAAGGAGACCCUAGAUUUAUCCCGACGGUAGUGCAAAGGGAGAGGUUCAGAUUCGGAAAGGAACGUCCAUGGACACGUGAAUUUUACAUGGAGAACUUCCCAGGGAAAAAUGUGUCACCAGUUCUAGUGGAGCCCAUCAAGGAAUGGAGCUGGUUCAGAGGAGACAGAGUCGAAAUACUCGUGGGACGUGAUAAAGGAAAGCAAGGAUUAAUCCAACAAAUCAUCCAGGAGAGGAACUGGGUUAUUGUUGAAGGUUUAAAUACAAAAAUGAGGAUUAUGGGGAAAACUAAAGACUUUCCUGGCAUUGUUAUCCUGGAGGAACAGCCUCUUCUUGUCACCACUGACAUUGCUCUGGUUGAUCCAGCGGACCUAAAUACGUGUACAAUGGAAUGGAGAUGGACAGAAGACGGUGAAAAAGUACGAGUGUCAACGAGAACAGGAAGAAUAAUCCCUAUUCCGAUGACAUCCAAGGAAACGAUAGACUACAAACUUCCACAUCUGUACAAAGAGCAGCCUAAGGACACGACCAGAGAAGCCAUUGAAAAAAUUACCUUCAAACCUGAACUGAAGACAUUCGAGAUGGAUAUAAUGGAUAAAAUGGGAAUCAAAGAGGAUCGAGUACCUCAAAAGACCUUCUGGUACUAAACCUGAAAAUCCUUUGUUCAGCCGACUUUUAUUUGUAUCAAUAGACAAUUAAACUAAGACAUACGUCAAUUCAAAAAUUCCAA